AUGGAACAAGAUGUCAUAAAUUUGAAAAACCAUACUACUCAAUAUAAAAUACUGAAAGAUGAAGAGAUAAAACAAAAAGCCCUGAAGACAUAUAUGGAUAGCGAUGAGUAUAAAAAAGAAGUUGAAGCAAAUGUAAAGGCAGAAAAACUUUUACAGUUGCAAAACCAAACCGUACAGUAUGAAAACUUAGCACAAGAAAGUAAAAAUAACGACGCGGCUAUGCAAAAGGCAAUGAAAAGCGCAGAAUAUAUAAAAGCCAACAAUGACUGGUUAGAUGCCCAAGCCAACGCUAAAGCAGCCCAACUCAUAGGGUCAAUAAGGACAAAAAUACAAGCGGAUGAAGAUAGUUCAAAUGAAGCUUUAACAAAUGCUGACUUUAAGAACGCCUUCGAAGCUCUUCAUAGUAAGGUGAAACAAGUGAACGACUUCUCAUCUGGAAAGAAACUGAAGUCUGAAGGUUUCGACAAAGAGUUAAGAGAAGUAGCACAAAAUAUGACGAAAAUAACAGAUGCAGCAACGAGACAGGCAGUUCAAAGUGCCUAUGACGCCGUUAGAGCAACUGUUGUGGAAAGUCAAGAAAAAGAGUUACAACAGACCAAAACAGACCUAGUAAAUGCUUUCUUAAGAACGAAAAGUCAGGUAGGACAUUACGCUGCAGAUGGAACAUAUGUGCCAGCUGGUGGAACUUAUAUACCACCAAACCCUCCAAGAGAAGCACCUGCACCAGGACUACCUAAAACAUUUACAUCGUCACAUGGACACAGACACAGGCAUGCACCAAAACCAACACAACAACCACCUCCACAACCAGCACCACAACCAACAGUUCAAAACACUGCACAGCAACCAACACAACAACCAACAGUUCAAAACCCUGCACAACAACAACCACAAACAGAGCAAGGACAUAAAAGAAGUAGAGAACAAGGAAACCAAGAAUUCUUAAAAAUGCUUAAAGAAGAGUGUGGUUUCCCAGAUACUGUUGACUUUAGUGACAGAUAUAAAGAAGCUAUUGGAAAGUUCAAGGAUGGAAAUACUGACCCGAACCUAUUUAGCUUUAUGGCUCAGCACCAAAACGGAUAUAAUCUCAAACCUGGAAAAUACAAGCUCGCUAAGGGAUAUGAUUUAAUAGCAUAUCAUCCAAAUGACAUGGAUGAAUUUACUCCGAGAUAUUUGAUGUCAGAGCUAAAUGACAAUUCAACUUUCGUCAUGAAACGCGUAAAAAAUAGAGACGGAACGAAAGAACAAAAGCUUAUGAAUGCGGAUGACGUAGAUAGGGAAAUUGUUGAAAACGGUCUCGGAAUAUAUGAAAUGCCAGCAGAUGAGGUACAAGAAACUCCACAGGAAGAAGUUCAGAUACAACCAGACAUGGAAGAAAUA